CCUUUCCAAGUCUCCUUGUGAACACUGAUGAUAUCAUCUUCCUUGUGUUUCAUUCUUAUUGCUUAACUCAUGGAAAAGCACAGGGCCUUUCUGUUGUCAAUGCUAGUCCCUUCCCCGUGAUAAAAAGUCAGGUACAAGCCCUAAUAUAAAGGUAGCCCCUCCAAAGAAAACACAGGGCUCACCAAAUUCUACCACUUGUGCCCAGCAAGGAAAUUGGGUUUCUGCCACCUGAUUCAUCCUUGCCCACCCUACCUUUCUGUAACUUUUGGCUCCAGAACCUGUCUGCAUGUAGAGGGUGUUUUCUAAAAUUACGGAAUAAAUCAGAAGUAAGAGUUUCACGAGACCUCCAAAGUUCCGUCAUCCAUCCAAGUUCAGCUUUAAACUAACUGACCCAGAUUUGGGGGUAGCCCGACAAAACCCCAUCUUCUCUUAGCUCUCUAAGAAGAGUUACCAGACAGAACUGCCCUGAGAAGCUCAGCCCCCCUUUCCUGGGACAGCUCAGAUGACAAGGACGGGAGCACAUCUCUGCCCAAAGCUGGGGUUUGGCCGAGGUGACCACAUAGCUGUCUUCCCGGCUCUUGCACUCACUCGACUUCUUGGGAACAGCAAAGUGAUUUAAGGCCUGAAAGCAGAUGAGCAAUCCUCGACACACAAGCAGAAAAAGUCCCAGUGACACAGGAAGCCUGCUGGUUCCUGAUGUGUAAACUAGACAGCAGAGGCAGCACUCUUGACACGGAGCCCGUUCUGCUGCGGCGUCUGCGAGCAGCUGCCAGGCCCCUUGCCAGGCUCCCUUCCUCCUUCUCGCUGGCUGAUGGAUCCCACGAGACUCCUCUCCUUGAACUUCUUGCUGUUCCUCUCCCUGGGUUUUGAGCUGAGCUGCGGAACAGGCGAGGGCAUGAACUGCCCGAAGGUCCUCGGGCAGUUGGGCAGCAGCGUGCUCCUGCCCCUGACAUCUGAAGGGCUAAGUAAGAUCAUGAAUAAGAGCAUCCACGUCCUUGUCACAAGGGCAGAAUCACCAGGAAACAGCGUCAAGAAGAAAAUCGUGUCUAUCUAUUUGCCGGAAGGGGGCUCACCACCCUAUCUGGAGGAUGGCUAUAAGUUUCAUCUGGAAAAGCCGAGCCUGGAGAUCGUCGAGAGCAAGAGGAAGGACGAGGCCUGGUACUUCAUCACCCUGGAGGAAAACGUUUCAGUCCAGAGCCUGUGUGUGCAGCUGAAGCUCUAUGAGCAGGUCUCCACUCCAGAAAUUAAGGUGUUGAACUGGACGCAGCAGAAUGGGAACUGCAGCCUGACGCUGGCCUGCGUGGCAGAGAAGGGGGACCACGUAGCUUACAGCUGGAGCGAGGAGGCGGACAGUCACCCGCUGAGUCCAGCUGAUGGCUCCCACCUCCUUGCCCUCACCCUCGGCCCCCAGCAUGCCAACAGUGUCUACGUCUGCACCGCGAGCAACCCCGUCAGCAACCGCUCCCAGACCUUCGUCCCGCAGUCCCGCUGCAGGCUAGACCCCUCAGGCUCCAAACAAUGGGGACUGUACACCGGGCUGUUCUUAGGGGCCAUCGUUGGCGUCAUCUUGAUUCUCGAAGUGGUGAUAUUCCUGUUGAGAAGAAGAGGUAAAGCAAACCAAUACCGGCCAACAGUGGAAGCAAAGAACCUUACAAUAUAUGCUCAAGUCCAGAAAUCAGGUUCUGUCCAGAAGAAAGCUGAUCCCCUGCCGGCUCCGGAUCCCUGCACCACCAUUUACGUGGCUGCCACGGAGCCCGUCCCGGAGCCUGUCCUGGAACCACACUCCUUCACAGUCUAUGCCAGCGUGACACUUCCAGACAGCUGACACGGAAGACCCAGGAAAGGGACUUUCUGGAGGAACGCGGAAGGGAACUUGGCCCCGGAUCCCAGGUUCCCUGCGACGCUCUGUACAUCUGUACUGUUCUCGGAUCACCUCCACGUCCGUGUUUCUUCAUGUUUCUUCCACAUCACCUGUGAAAUGGACACAGAGUGAGGCUUUCUAGGCCUGCUCUGCGAGGGCACAGACCCGGAACAGAAAGCUACCCGGGAGAGUGUUCCAACUCUGUGGAGUAAUGGACAUCAUGGAUAAGGUGGUCCAGUGAGUCCAGACCUUCAGGUGCCUUGCUCUUUGCUGGGAUUGGAUAAUAAAAGCCAAAGAUGGAAAGCCAGGAGGUGGAAUACCUAUCUCAGACAGCUGACCACCAGCCACAAAGUCUGGAGCAGUUUACGUUUUGGCUCCUGGACUCCGUUCUGUGAGCUGAUCCUGAUCACCAUGCAGACCUAAUGAAGGCUCUGUGCCUCAGUUUCUCUCUCUGGAUGGGCAAGGAAGGGUGAAUUCCUUCUUGUAUGUAAAACACUCUGAAAUUAUUUUAUAAAAGAAGCUAAUAGAGUCAGUAUUUUAUUUGCAAAACCAGAAACUACACAUCAGAAAAACUGAGAACAUGACUCAGGUCUCUGAGCUCUAAAUAAUGGAAUUAAAAUAAUCUGAGAUUAUUAAAAGUGUAUUUCUGUGCAAAUGGCAUUCAGCUUUAAAGGAAAGCAGCCGGUGUUUGGUGAUGCCAAUAGAAAGGAAAUCAGGAUGAUCAGAACGUGUCCCAGGGUGACUUUUCACUUCCUGAAGUGAUUUUAAACCCUGGUUCUCUGUUUAUUCCAUUGAAUCAUACACCUGGAGCCUCUGCUAAGAUUCCCCAACCUGAUUCAAGCCCAUUUUUCCUCCAUGGCUUCAAGUUCACAGAACCCCUACCAGACACUCCCCAAUUCCUGCAUGCCUCUCCUCACCCUGAAUUUACCUGAGGUAGCAGAUGAACAUAUUUUAACUCAAAGGCAUCAAAUAAUUGAAUGCUUAAUAAUUUAAAUUGCAGGCUGCAGACAGAACCUCUUUCAGUAAAGUCUUUUCUUCUUAUUCUGUCUUCAGACAGGUGGUCUUUGAUUUAACCUCUUCUUUCUGAUGGGUUCUUGUACGACCCUAGUGAACAGUUUAAGAAAUCACCAUUUUACAACCGUCUAAUGAGGGUCACCACCUUUCCAGCCCAAACUCUGAGGUCCCUACUGCCUUGUACCUUACCUCCUCUAUUGAUUCAACCCACAUUUAGUUCUGUUGCUUGGUGCAUCCCAUUAAUGUCCUGGUACCCAUUUUGGUAGCAGUGUUCUUAGUUGCCAUCAACAGAAACUGACUCUUUUUUUUUUUUUAUGUAGAAAAGGAAUCUACUGAAAAGUUGUUAGUUAGUUCAAAUAACUGCUAGGAUGCUCUGUAAAACCAUGCUUUGAAAAUGAGCAGGAAAAAGAGAGACUUAGGUUUGGCUAGGACCAAAAUCCCAAAACUAGCCCAGGGAUGGCACCUCCGGGCACCAGUUGCACCGCGCUUGUCCUCCCAGGACUAGACCAGACCCCACCACUCCUCUCUGCCUCAGCCAGACUUGGGAACUCAUCAGGGCUGUUGUGCUAUCUGCACCAAAGGAACUUCUCUAUCUUCACUUCCCACGUCUGGUUUCUAAUUCGGAGUCUGGGACUGCGUGGACGGCCAUGUUCUGAGUGACUAGGUCGCACGUCCAUGCUCUACCUCCAACGGGGGCUGGGAAUUGAAUAUCUGGCAUGUUCCACCUUCACAGUGGUUGGUGGGCUCUGCCUCUUGUGAAUUAGGCAGUCCCCAGACCUCAGCAGUGGGGCUCAGAGCCGGGCAGGCACACGCAAACGAACAUGCGAACAAACCGAAUGCCCCCUACACCACCCUGUAGAACCUUCAGCCCAUUAGCUGUCUAUUCCCCAAAACUGAGGAGCCGCUACCAAGGAUUUAUAAACCUUCUGGUUAUGAGGACUCACUCCUUUACGACAGCUCAGAUGGUUCUAGAAGCUCAGUUCCCGACUCCUGGGCUUUUUCUGUGGCCUAAUUCUACCUGAUGGAAGGGCAGAAGCAAAGGGGGAAAGAAAAGUUGUGCCCUCAAAAUUCUCUGACAGAGGCUCUAGACUUCCCUGAAGAGGAAGGCUGUGUGUUGGUCUCUGAGGCCAUCCUUUGAAUGACAUUCCAUGUUACAUCCUGCGCCUCCAGGCCCAGGGUUCAAGAAGGAAAGCAGAGAAUUCAGAUUCCACUCUUCUCUGCUCCAGUUUUCU